AUGUAUUUUAAAAAUGUAUUAAUAUUUAUGACCUUAUUGGUCACCCUAUCACAAUCACAAUCAACGAUCGAUUAUUGUCAAUUACUUUCAAACUCUUUAAAGUUUUACAAGGCACAAAGAGCAGGAUCUCUUCCAGACAAUGAUAUACCAUGGCGUAACAACUCGGUGCUACAAGAUGGACAAGAUGUUGGCAUCAACCUUUCAGGAGGCUAUUUUGACGCUGGAGAUUAUAUCAAGUUGGCCUUUCCAAUGGCCUUUACCAUGACCACACUCGCCUGGACCUACAUUGACAAUGAAGACAAGAUCAAGACUACUUGCCAAUUACAAUCGAGCUACCUCUCUGUGUUAAAGCAGGGUACCGACUGGUUGAUUGCUGCCCAUCCAUCCGACAAUGUAUUUUACACUCAAGUCUCUGACGACGGAGAACACAACGUCUGGAACAAUCCAUGGGAGAUUGACCAAGCCGCCAGAAAGAGUUACAAGAUUACUACCGCUGCUCCAGGUACCGAUAUGGCCAUGGAGGCUGCCGCUGCACUCGCCGCCACAUCCAUUGUCUACAAGUCGAUUGAUCCAACCUACUCUGCCACCUGUUUGGCCCACGCCAAGUCACUCUACAACUUUGGAAAGACCUACAAGGGCAAGUACUCUGAUUCUUUGCCAGAACGCAAACUCUACCCAUCCAGUGGUUAUGAUGACGAGAUGGUUUGGGCAUCCGCUUGGAUGUAUAUUGCCACUGCCGAGCAGACCUAUGCUACCGAUGCCACUGCCAACUUUAACGCAUACCUAAAGUCCAAGUCAUUCACUGAUCUCUGGUCAGCCGUCUACUCGUGGGACAGCAAGUAUGCCCCUGCCGCCGUACUCAUGUACAAAAAGGUCACCAAUCUCGGUCUCGACUAUACCAACAUUAUCAACCAAAUCACACAAACCUAUACAACCGCCUCCAAGCAAUCAAAUGGCAUCAUCUCCAAUAGCGGUUGGAAAUGGGGUAACAACAGAUAUGCCAUGGGUGGUGCUUUCCUCAUGUCCAUGAUUGGUGGUACUGCCGCCAAUGCAUUUGCCGAACAACAACUCACCAGUGUUUUGGGUAAAUCCAGUACCAACUCUGUUUCAUUUAUGAUUGGUUACAACAAUGGUCCAGUCAAUCCACAUCAUCGUUCAUCUCAUAAACCAACGGGCAAAGACAUCAAUACUCCAGUCAAUAAUGUAAACUUGCUUGUUGGUGGUCUUGUAGGUGGUCCAUCACUCGAAGGUUCUUGGGUAGAUUCUCGUACAAACUAUGAAAAUAAUGAACCUGCCUUGGAUUAUAAUGCUGGUUUUACUGGUCUCCUUGCUAGAUUUGUUAGUCAACCAAGUGCCUCCACUACUACUAGUACACCAACUUCUACUACUUCAUCGACUACUACCAAUACACCAACUGGUACUACUUCAUCGACUACUACCAAUACACCAACCUCAACUACUUCAUCAACAACUACCAAUACACCAACUUCUACUACUUCAUCGACUACUACCAAUACACCAACUUCGACUACUUCAUCGACUUUGACUACUUCCACUUCAUCGACUGCAUCAUCUACCACUACCGACGGCGAAGAAGAUUCAUCACAGUUGGGUUCAUCAUCAACUGUUUCAGUCAACCUAUUUGUAUCAUUACUUGUAUUACUUGUACCAACAUUCCUUUUAAUUUAA